AAUCCUAAACUAGGUGGGAUUGAAUUUUCGACCUUCUAAAUUGUAUACCUACCAAAGUAGGGGAUUGAAUCAAUAUUUGAUGAGAUAAGUCUUCUUUCAGGGUCCAUUUCAUGUCAGGUCAAUUAGGUAUUGAAGACAAGACAUACAUUUCCAUGUACAAGCUGGACAUUCCUUUGUCUUCUUGUAAUGAACCCCUUCUGCAUGGUGUUUCCACAGGUGGCAUAUGUUUGGAGUCAUAGCACCAACCAAAGAAUGCCUAAUCUGAAAGAGAUCUGAAGUUGAUCGGAAAAUGGUGGUGGAAGGCAUUCCCAGGCCUUCUUUUCGUGAUGUCCCAACACAGUGCAAUUAUGUUCUUGAAGGGAUCCGCGUAAUUCGAUCUGAAUACCUCCGAACCGAUGGGUACUUUCUUCCUCCUUCAAGUACUACCAAGGUUUGUUGGGAGUCCUACCGGCUCUUGGUAAGCGACUUGGUGAGUGGUUUUGACAUAGAAUUGGCUUGUGGCUAUCAUCCUGAAUGGGUUUCAGAGAGUUGUAUGAAUAUUUCAUCUGGGUCAGAGUUUGAAAGCUUGAUUCCAGAGUCCAAGUUGCAGGAAGUUAGGUGUUACUGCAACCAGUCUCUGGGCAAUAGUACUUCUUGUGCAUUGUGUAAAGAGAAUUUGGGGAGUCUCCAGGCAUCUUACCUUAGUGGAUCAGGGAUUGGAAAUGCCUCUGACUGUGCUGGAUAUUCCUUUAUGUAUGCAGCUGGUUGGGUUAAUCCAUAUGGCCCAACAGAUGUUGCCACUGCGAAGUGUCUGUUCUCACUUGACUUCUCCCCACAUCAUAUAAGAAAUAAGAGAUAUAAGAUUCUGAUUUCUGGGGCUGUGUUAGGUUGUGUUAUUGGGUUCUUUGGGGCUUUUGCAGCAGCUUGGUUUCUCUGGACAAGACACAGAAAAUUGGAGAGGGAGAUGGAAGUUUGUGCUAAAAUGGAGACUAGUUUGGACUCAGGUUUUGGCUCUAUGACUGGGAGUGACACACUGGUGAAGUUCAAGUUUGAGGAAAUCAAAAGGGCUACCAUGAAUUUCUCAAGGGAGAAUAUAAUUGGGCAGGGAGGAUAUGGGAAUGUCUACAAGGGGAUACUACCAGAUGGGUCUGAAGUUGCCUUCAAAAGGUUCAAGAACUGCUCUGCAUCUGGGGAUGCAGUUUUUACGCAUGAAGUAGAGGUCUUAGCUAGCGUUAGGCACAUGAAUCUUGUUGUUUUGAGAGGCUAUUGUACUGCGACGGUUCCCAUGGAAGGCCACCAGAGAAUAAUUGUGUGCGACUUGAUGCCUAAUGGAAGCCUCCAUGACCAUCUUUUUGGAUCAGUGGGAAAGAAACUCAGCUGGCCAAUUCGCCAGAACAUUGCCCUUGGAACAGCGAGGGGGCUGGCUUAUUUGCACUAUGGGGCACAGCCAGCUAUCAUCCAUAGAGAUAUCAAAGCAAGUAACAUACUUUUGGAUGAAACUUUUGAGGCAAAAGUGGCAGAUUUCGGCCUUGCAAAGGUCAAUCCAGAGGGGAUAACACACUUGAGCACCAGAGUGGCUGGGACUCUUGGCUAUGUUGCACCAGAGUAUGCCUUGUUCGGGAAGUUAACUGAGAGAAGCGAUGUUUACAGCUUUGGGGUUGUGCUUUUGGAGCUUCUGAGUGGGAAGAAAGCAUUCAUGGCAGCCAAUGGACCACAGGCUUUGCUUUUGACAGAAUGGGCUUGGUCAUUAGUGAAGGAAGGAAGACCAAUCGAUGUUGUGGAUGAAGAAAUGCCUGAAUUGGGGUUGACAGAAGUAAUGGAGCGGCACGUUCUUAUUGCUGUUCUUUGUUGCCAUCCAGUGUUAGAAUCUAGGCCAACAAUGGACAAGAUUGUGAAGAUGUUGGAAACCAACCUUCCAAUUCCAUCCAUUCUUAUAGCAUCUGCUGCAUUGUGAACAGAAGUAACCACAUAAUGGUGAGUUGUAUUGUGAUUGGGAAGCAGUAGUCUGACACUGUGAUUGGUUCUACCCCAGGUUCUAGGACAUACCUGGCUCCAUCCAUUUUCUGCUUCACAAGUGUAUAUCUUUAUAUCCAUUUUGUACAGAGAAUCAAUGAAAGAUACUGGUUAAAUUGUGCUUA